CGGGAGACAGUCGCUGGGAAGGCGCGACAAACGCAACUGCGAAUGCAGCGGACGGUCGCGGCCGAUCUUUAAACUAUAUAAAAAUAAACCGAAAAUAAGAGAAAGCAGAGCGGGCAGGCUGUGCCAAAAUUGAUUCAAAAUUAGAGUAGAGUAUAUAGCGAUGUGACUGCUGUUUGUGUUGUAAAUAAAUUACAGCAGCAAAGGAAAGAUUAAUAACAAUAAUCAUAUUGGUGAGAGAAGAUGUCUGAAAUGAGUGUGGCAGCCCGCAAAGGCAGCGCCCAGCUGGACGUUAUGCAAAAGGCUGGCUGGAAGAUCGACGAGAACGAAAAAGCCUGCUACAUAGACGUCGAUGAGGACAACGAUGGGACCACUGAAGAAUCCAAGUGGUGCAUUCUUCCGGACCUGAUACUCGAGGAAAUCUUCACCUACCUCAGCCCCAAGGAGCGCUACUAUGCUGGCCUGGUCUGCCGCCAGUGGCAUCGGGCCUUCUAUCUGCCAACGGUUUGGAACAACUUUGGGGUUGACGAUCGCACGCUGACGAGACCAAAAUACAACUACUACUCGGGCUGGCAGUACUGUCUCGAUCACAUGCGCACACAGAACUGCCUGUCGAGAAUCGGGCGUCACCUGCGCGGCAUCGAGUUCCGGCCGUGGCACAGCUUCAACAACAUCUUCCAGUUUAUGACAAUGCUCACCUGGAGCAUGGACAAAGGAAAAGAACUGAAUGCCGAGCCUCAGCUCGUUGGCAUGGGUCGCCGGAUACGUUCUCUGGUCUACCAUUUCCCCUGCAACAUGUCGCAGCCCAACGAUCCGGAAGGCAUCAAGCUCUUCGGCACUGGAGGACAGUUGCUGAGGGGCCUGAAGGAGCUGCUGCUGCGAUUGACAGAACUGCACACUCUGAAGCUGGUGGACUUUGUGCUGGAGCGCUUUGAGGCAAAUCACUUGCUGGAUGAAGUCGUCUGCAGCUGCUGCACCAAGAUGCGAGUGCUCAAUCUGGUGAAUGUGACCACCAUGCACUGUCCCAUCAUGCAUGUGGGACUGUUCCUCAAUCUGCAGGUGCUCACCAUUUCUCCCCAAAACAUAGACGACGAUGUGUUGUCUCUGCUGGCGGACACAAAGCUGCGGCAUCUGUAUUUAUUGCAAAACUGCUAUACUCCCAACCACCUGACCAUCAGCGCCUGCGGAGUCAAGGCCUGGCGCAGCCUAAAGAAGACGAAUCCGCUCAUGCGGGUGCAUCUGCGGCUGGAGAACCUCGUCGACGGCGAGGUAGUGCUGCAACCAGAGGCCCCAGUCCACAGCAUCACCUACUGGGCGCCACAGGCCCGUGUAAGGGCUGACCUGCUCGUCCGCAUGAUAGACCAUUACAAGAAUACUCUGGCUGUCUACGGUCAUGAGCUGUUGCCGCGCUUCUCCAGCCCCAAGCCGUUCCACAACCGCAUCGACAGCUUGCUGGUGCUGAUGUGCCGCCAAUGCUUCAACUUGGACACUCUGACCAUACGGGAGAAGGUGUCCACUGCGACGCUGCUGCUGGUUGCUCGAACGGCCAAGAAUCUCCGACACUUAAAUGUGAGACGCUUCGCAGUGAUUCUACGCUGCGACUGGCCCCGGCAUCCGGAAUGGAGCAACGAGUUCCACGCCUGGAUCCGGCGAAACUCGCGCUCCUACGAGGCUGUGGAGCGGGAGAUCUCCCAGAUCUUGGGCUACAAAUGGCAGCUGUUGAGCGACCGCGAAUUCAAGCAGCUCACAUUGAAUGCCAAGUCGGGUGCCUAAAGAGCAGAUUGUCUGUCGUCCCCCCGCGUCAUCCUCCCUCUUGUGAUAAAAACGGUGUAAGGCUUUACUUGUCCAUAGUUUGCUGUGCAAAAUAAAGUAUA